AUGGAUGGUGAAGUUAGCACGUCCAGCAGAAAUGUGGAGACUUAUAACUUUGUCCUGGCUCGUAAGAUAAUGGAGAAGGAGAGGGAGAUGGAGAAGCUGAAGGAUCAAGGAGAGGUGAGCAUGCUGGAUGCCCAGCUGGAGGAGUACAUGAAGGGUCGGGACUCAGAGGAGAGGGCAGGGGGUGACGCGAAGAGGAAGAGGUCAGCUAAAGAGAGACUGGGCCCCCGGGCGGAGAUGGACAUCAAGGGCCGGUAUGAGAUCACAGAGGACGACCCUGAGGACAAGGUGGUGGAUGAGAUCGCACACAGGCUGCAGGAGCCUAAGAAAGAACUGAUCGAGCGGGUUGUCGAAGUCAUCGGGAAGAAAAAAGCCAUAGAACUGCUCGGAGAGACUGCCACACUGGAAGAAAACGGCGGCGUGUACACCAUGGACGGCAGCAGGCGGCGAACACCUGGUGGUGUGUAUCUCAACCUGCUCAAGAACACACCCAGCAUCACCAAGGCCCAGGUCAGGCAGAUAUUCCUGGAGGAACACCAGAAAGAGUGCAGGAGCAAGAAGGCCGCCCAGAAGAGGAGGCGACAGCUGGUGUCCAAGAAGAUGAAGCAGGCCAUCAGCACGCUGAACCUGCAGGAGCACGACGAUGUCUCCAGGGAGACUUUCGCCAGUGACACCAACGAGGCCUUGGAGUCACUGGAGGAGCCUGCAGAGGAGGAAGAGGAGGGUCAGGAGGAAACCGCUGUGGGCAUCGAGGAGACACCAGUGGUCUACAACUCUGCAGACCUGGAGGUCUUCUGA